AUGAGACAACAAAACGGCAAAAAGGCAGAGAUCAAUCCGUUUUUACUUCGCAAAUGGACCUACGCCUUUAGCACAUUCUUUGACAUCAACGGAAACGGAUCACUGGAAUGGAAAGAUUUCGACACACUCGCGCAGAUCAUUUGCGCAACAAGGGGCAGUCGAAGUCACGAGUAUAUCAGCGCAAAGUUGGCGUUUCCCGAGAUUUGGUACUCGCUGACACAAGCGGCCGGGAUUGACGAGGCCGGAAAGUUAUCGUUGGACGAUUGGAUCGCGCUGUGGAAAGAGAAUCGAAACGGGAAAUGGACGAAAGUUUAUCUCGACUAUAUGUACACGCUAUUCGACGCUUCCGGCGAUCGUCUCGUCGAUCAGGCCGAAUACGUGCAAGUGAUGCAGUACUUUUCGAUCGAUCGCGAAACGGCAAAUCAUGCUUUUGAUCAGUUCGCUGUGGGAAAAGAUGGGACUCUAUUGAUGGCAAUCGAUUGGAAACAAUUCAACGAGUUGUGGAAAGAAUAUUUCCACUCAACCGAGCACACAGCAAAGGGGAAUUACCUGUUGGGAUGUCCG